AAAAAGUCGACUUUUAAGUCAAAGACAGACAGGCCCCAGGCCGGACCACCCGGCCCACCUACGGUCAUUAUUACGAAAUAGAAGAAUGAUAAAACGUAACACAUAACCUGUAACUUUUCUGUUUUGUGUAGUUUUUGUGGGUUUUGUUGGUUUUCUAGUGGUUUUCUCUUGGUUUUCUACUAUACUUUUUUUUUGGAAGGAUUAUGAAAAGUAUAUUUAUAUUUUAUAAUAUCGGGAUAAUUUAGUAUUUAUCGGUAAAUUAACACUAAAGUAAUACAAUAAACGAGACCGGAACAAGGUACAAUAGUAGGUUAUAAUUGACCUGGUUUGAUAUUUUUUUAUCAUUUUCGAAGAUAUAUGGUAUACAUAUAGAUAGAUCCAGUGAACUAACUUCCUUUUGGUGGAUUAUAUAUAAAUUAAAAGAUGGAAGGCAAAGCCCAAAAGAUGCCCAAAGUGGCGAAAGUUAAGAAUAAGGCUCCCGCGGAAAUCCAAAUUACAGCAGAACAACUUUUAAGGGAGGCCAAAGAGAGGGAUUUAGAAAUAUUACCACCACCUCCGAAACAAAAAAUAUCAGAUCCAGCUGAAUUAGCCGAUUAUCAGUUGAGAAGACGUAAACAAUUUGAGGAUAAUAUUCGCAAAAAUCGGACUGUUAUUUCCAAUUGGAUAAAGUAUGCUCAGUGGGAGGAAUCUCAAAAAGAAAUACAAAGGGCACGUUCAGUGUGGGAAAGGGCUCUAGAUGUAGACCACAGGAAUAUCACAAUAUGGCUAAAAUAUACAGAAAUGGAAAUGCGAAAUCGCCAAGUCAAUCACGCAAGAAAUUUAUGGGACAGGGCUGUAACAAUUCUUCCGAGAGUUAAUCAGUUUUGGUAUAAAUAUACAUACAUGGAGGAAAUGUUAGAGAAUGUGCCUGGAGCUAGGGCUGUUUUCGAAAGAUGGAUGGAAUGGCAACCUGAUGAACAAGCUUGGCAGACAUACAUUAAUUUUGAACUGAGAUAUAAAGAAAUUGAUAGGGCAAGAUCAAUUUACGAAAGAUUUGUGGUAACUCAUCCUGCUGUAAAAAAUUGGAUCAAAUAUGCACGUUUUGAGGAAAACCAUGGCUUUAUUCAUACAUCCAGACAGAUUUUUGAGAGGGCCGUUCAGUUUUUUGGUGAUGAUCAUAUGGAUGAGAGAUUGUAUAUUGCUUUUGCAAAAUUUGAAGAAGGACAAAAGGAGCACGAUAGGGCAAGAGUUAUUUAUAAAUAUGCAUUAGAUAAUAUUCCAAAGGAUCAAACUAAAGAGCUCUAUAAAGCUUAUACAAUUCAUGAAAAGAAAUAUGGUGAUAGAAGUGGAAUUGAAGAAGUUAUUGUUUCUAAAAGAAAAUUUCAAUAUGAACAAGAAAUUACUGAGACUCCCACAAAUUAUGAUGCUUGGUUUGAUUACAUAAGACUGGUUGAAGGGGAAGGAGAUGUAGAAAUAAUUAGAGAAACAUAUGAAAAAGCGAUAGCAAAUAUGCCACCUACAAGAAACAAAGACUACUGGCGAAGAUACAUAUACUUAUGGAUAAAUUAUGCAUUUUUCGAAGAAUUAGAAGCACAAGAUUAUGAAAGAACUCGACAAGUGUAUAAGGCCUGUUUGGAGCUACUCCCCCAUAAAAUAUUUACUUUUUCUAAAAUCUGGUUGUUAUUCGCAAAGUUUGAAAUAAGACAGAAAAAUUUAACAGCAGCUCGAAAAAUAUUGGGCACUUCCAUUGGAUUGUGUCCUAGAGAUAAACUGUUUCGGGGAUAUAUUGAUUUAGAAAUACAACUUCGAGAAUUUGAUCGCAGUAGAAAACUUUAUGAAAAAUUUUUAGAAUUUGGACCAGAGAACUGCGUGACUUGGAUGAAAUUCGCCGAACUUGAAACUCUUUUGGGUGAUAUUGACAGAGCCAGAGCGAUUUACGAACUGGCAGUAAAUCAACCUAGGUUAGAUAUGCCAGAACUUUUAUGGAAAGCAUUUAUCGAUUUUGAAAUAUCCCAAGAUGAAUCAGAUAAUGCCAGACAAUUGUAUGAAAGACUUCUAGAGAGGACCACUCAUGUCAAGGUGUGGCUAUCAUAUGCUAAAUUUGAAUUAAAUCAACAAACGGAUGAUGGUUUAAAUAUUAGGCUUGCUCGAAGAAUUUUUGAAAGAGGCAAUGACAAUCUGAAAAAUUCAGUAGAGAAAGAAAGCAGAGCUCUUUUAUUGGAAAACUGGAAAGAAUUUGAGCUCAACCAUGGCGAUGAGUCUUCCCAAGCAACAAUAAAUAGUAAAUUGCCUAAGAGAAUUAAGCGUAGACAAAAAGUUGUCGAUGAGGAUGGUAAUGAACAAGGUUGGGAAGAGAUAUUUGAUUAUAUAUUUCCUGAAGAUGAAUCAAGCAAACCGAAUCUUAAACUUCUCGCUGCUGCAAAAAGUUGGAAAAAAUCUGCUGCAGUUCAAGACGAAGCAGUUUAGUUUUUAUUUUAUCCAAAUAAUUUAUGUACUGAAUAAUUUAAUAAUGUUCCAGUGGGACCUGUGUUAUUGUAUAGUUUUUAAUUACUAUUAAAUAUUUUUUUUACAA